AUGAUCAGCAACUUGUGCGAUUCGCUUCAAAUUAGCAGUGUAGUCUUUUCAAAGAGGCCGGAGAAUCCUCUGAGAAACAGACUGCCCCCACUUCAUCACAGCAAGACUACUGUCAGCAGGGACAGCACUUUGCCCUCGCUGCCAUCAGAGUCUGUGUGCAUGAACAAUGCCAAGCGUCCUCAACAGCAGGACAAUGACAGAUCCUUCGACCGACUUCUGCCCAAGUCCCCUGCAUAUGUCUUGCAGUUCUUCAAGAAAUAUCUGACAGAGUUUGAGCAGAAGGAAAUCAAGGGCUACAAAAAGGUUUGGCACCUGGGCCAAAAAGCCAAGAAGAUCCAGGGAUCAAAGUCCUUAUCCUUUAACUCUGGAUAUGAUACAGAGAAUGGAUACUACAGAAUGGUCAUCAAAGACCACAUCGCCUUCCGCUUUGAGGUGCUGGAGGAGAUCGGUCGAGGCGCCUACGGCCAGGUCCUCAAAUGCCGUGAUCACAAGACGAUGGCGCUUGUGGCCAUCAAGGUCAUUCGAAAUGAUAAGAGCAUCCAUAAUGAGGCCAUGGCCGAGGUGAAGAUCUUAGAUGCACUGGGGAAGAAAGACAAGAAGAACACGGCCAACAUCCUCCAUAUGAAGGAGCACUUUUACUUUCGCAACCACCUCUGCAUUGCCUUUGAACUCUUGGGCAAAGACUUGUACACAGUGAUGAAGGAGAACAACCUUCAAGGCUUCAGCAUCUCUCAGGUGCAGCGCUUUGCAAAAGACCUGCUCACAUGCCUGCAGCUGCUCAGGAAGGAGGGGAUCAUCCACUGUGACCUAAAACCGGAGAACAUCCUGAUGUCAGACAAAAACCACAAUCACGUCAAGGUGAUUGACUUUGGAGCAAGCUGCUUUGAAGAAAAAAAAAGACAGAAAUGCAUACAGACGCGGCUGUACAUGUCUCCAGAGAUGCUUCUGGCAAAAGGGUACAGCUUUCCCAUCGACAUGUGGAGCCUGGGCUGCAUCUUGGCUGAGCUCCACACCGGCAGCCCUCUCUUUGAUGGCGAUAACUGGAAUGACCAGUUCGGCUGCAUCAUGGAGGUGCUGGGUGAGCCUCCCAUGGAGCUUCUGCGGGGAGCGCGCCUGUUGGAGAGGUUUUACGACUCUCAAGGCUUCCUCAAAAAAAUAGUGAACAACAAUGGCGCUGUGCGACAGCCUGGCAGUAAGAACCUGGCCAGCCUGUUGAAGACAACGGACGCUAACUUCCUGGAUUUCAUUCAGCGCUGCCUGCGAUUUAAACCAGAGGAGCGCAUGACACCAGAGGAAGCCAUGCAGCAUGCAUGGAUUCAGGGGCAGCUCCACACCCCAAAAUCCACACCCAAACCCUGUGCUGCAGACAACACAGCAUCAGCUGGCACAGCACAUGUGUACAGGAAGGAGGGCAGUCUUCUGAAAAGAGAAAAAAUGCCACCUGUGAGGCUGACAUUCAUCAAAGAGAGCGUAACCGAGGUCAUGGCCAAGAUCUCCACAGUAGGGAAGGAAAGACACCCCAUUCAACGUAUCAGCGGAGCAACACAAACACUGCAGACAAGGCAGGAAAAAGUGGGGAUGGCCAAAACCUUUCAGGAAGGCCUCUGUUUUCCUUCACUGACAGGAGGGGAGCAGAAAGGCCGAGGAGAGACCAGGGGCCAAUGGAGGAGACAGGGGAAAUAA